GGUGACUUGACUCUGAUUGUAUAUGAUGAAUCUAGAAAGAUAUGAGGGGUCAGAAAGCCAACAACAAGUUUGUCCAAACGAAACUCGGCAGAUGACCAUUAGGCACAAUCAGGAGCUCAGCUUCACUGUUCAUCGUUUGUGAAAUGCAAAGGUACGGCCAAACGCUCAGGGGUAUAAACGCAGAGACAAAUCCUUAACAUGCACUUGGACUCUUGCAACCCAGACGUCCCGCCCGAACCAAGCACAUAGGCGGCAACCGCGUUGGCUUCUAGCAAUGAAGAAACCAGACUUUCCAAAUUACACCUGGACUGAGUUUCCUAACCGCGAGAGACCGGCGGAGUACUUCCGGGGGAACUCGCAAAUCCCCUCAGGGUGGUUCCAAAACGGCAACAGAGUUCGCGUGAAGAAGAAGUACUACCAUUUCAUAUGGCCCAGAGAUGGCAGGAAUGGAAGCAAAUGGGGUCGGUUCAAGGAUAUCAUGACGGGCCAAGGGCCGGACAUCCACGUCACUGUCAGCGCCCACCCGAAUGACAAAAUGCACAACAGGCAGAGGAGGGAAGUCUGGGCGAACCACACCAAUCUUGAUGACCGGUUCCAGGACUAUAUGGGGGGCACGUUGAAGGUUCCUUGGGCGAAACGGGACGAAGACGAGAGAUAUGACUUUCUGACGAGGAAGUAUCGGAAAGCAGAUCCCUGGAUGAUGACGGAUGCCAUAUGGAAAGAUGACUGGCCGACCAAGAAGGCACCUUUCCCUUUCGCCUUUAGAACCAUCAACGGAGAGUGGUUAGAGCAUCGACCUCCAGCUAGGUACGAUAUUUGGGACGAUAUUUGGGACCCGUGGUAGCUUCAAUUAAAGACAGCUUUCAUGGAAAGCUUGCCAGGUCGUUUCCGUAGUACCACUGUCAGUGGUGGUCUGCAAGCUCCGUCUAGCCAUUGG